GCCAAGUGCACAACCUGUUAUUUAUUCAAUGUAUAUCCGUCUGUUGACUUGGUUGAUUCACAUGCUGAUUGAAGGUUUUGCCAAUAUUAAAUAGACAACUGAUUAUUGAAUAUGUAUUGACUUGAAGAAAAAACAACAAAGAAAAAUGAAAAUAAAAAUAUUUUUAAUAUGCACUGUGAUGAUAUUCACACCAUCAUCAAUGUCAGUUGAUGGAAAAAAAGUAGUAAUUGUUAUUCCAAAACAAAUGAGAAGAGCAUAUACUCCAUCAAUGCCAAAACAACAAUUUAAUUAUAUUGAUUUUUUAAAAACAAAAAAUUUAUUUAACAAUGAAUUUAUAACGUCAAUGAAAAAUGAUGCUUACCAAUUGCAUGAUGGUGCUAAUCGAUAUCAAGAUCAUACGUCAAUGACCUCUGGUUUAUUUAAUAGUGAUGAUUAUUUUGAUCAAGGUCAUGAACAAGUUAAUCAUGUGAUUCCACAUGGUAAUGGAAUAAAACAUGCAAUAUCAUUUGGCAAAGGAUAUGUACCACAUGAAAUGUUAUAUCAUCAAUCUGGAUUUUCAUCAAAUGAACCACUUGGAAUUCACCAAUUUAAUUUAGAAUCAUAUUUAAAAAAUCCAUUAAAAAAAAAACAACAAGAUAAUUAUAAAUUUCAAGUGCCUCAAACAGAUUUAAUAUUAUCAAAAUUUCAUCCAGAUAAAAAUUCAUAUAAUAAUAUUAAUAAACAAUUAUUUAAUGGUUUUAAAAAAUAUACAUAUAAAACAGAUAAUGAUGGAAAACUAGCAUCAACAAAUUUACCAGCUGAUAGAUUUAAUAAAAAUAAAGAAAUUUCAACAGAUACAGAAUUUUUAAAUGAUUAUAAUAAAAAAUUAAUUGAUUUAACUAAAAAUUGGCCAACAGCAUUAAAUUUACAAGGGCCAACUUUAUCAUCAUCAUCAUCAGAAUUUAAAUAUGGUAAAAUUCCAAAUAUUGAUAAUUUUAAACAAUCAGAUUUGUUGAGUGAAUCAGGUUGGCUUCCUGGAAGUUGGAUUCAAAAUAAUAAAGGAUAUGCAGUGACUGAGGAUGUUGAAGAUAUUCCACUUCGUGAUUAUCCAAAUUUACAUAUUCAAAAUAGUUUUAUUCCAACUCGACAAGCACCACAAAAUAUACAUCUUCUUCUUGAACAACAUCAAAAAUUAUUACAAGAAAUUCCGAAUAGUUAUUCUUAGGGAAUAUUAUUGUUCAUCGAAAUUUUAAUGAUUAAAUUUAUAUUUUAUAUUUGUUCUAGUUAUAAAUCCAUUAUUGGAUAAAUUUAUUUAUUUUAUAGUAAAAUAUAAGCCAAUUUAA